AUGGUGGCCGGGCCGGGGCCGGGGCUGCUGGCCUUGGCCUUGGCCUUGUGGCCGGCAGGGCUCUGGGCACAGCCGAGGCUGCAGGAGGCCGGCGGAGGGCAGCGAGCGCCCGGGGACUCCGUCACCCUCUCCUGCCGCGGAUCCGGAUACCCGUUUAGGAGUCAUGGAAUUUAUUGGUACCGUCAGUCACCCGGAGGGAGCCUGGCGUGGGUGUCCUUUAUUGGUUCUGAUCCCAAAGUUCUAUAUUUUGACCAGUCAGUGCAGGGGCGGGCCAAGAUUUCCCGGGACAAUUCCCGGUCCGAGGUUUAUCUCUCCCUGCUGACGCUGCAGCCCCGUGACUCUGCCCGGUACCUCUGCGCUGUUCACACGGGGACAGGAAACCCAAAGCUUAUAUUUGGACCAGGGACGACUCUCACAGUUGAACCAAACAUUUCAAACACUUCUGAUCCUCAAGUCAUUGUGAUGAAAUCAAAGAAACUGGAAGAAGGUGGCAGCUCUGGGAAAGCAGCUUGUUUGGCAAGGAACUUUGCUACAAAGAACAUCAGAUUGGAGAUGCCCUCUCAGGAGGUGGUCUAUGAACAGAGCCCAUCCAUUUUGACAUCACAGGGGUUGUACAAUGCAAUUAAAGUGGUCAGGGUGACAAAAGACACAGAGGUGACCUGCACGGCCAAAUUCGAUGACCUCACGAUAACAGCAGAGCCAGAAGAGGAGGCUGAAGAACCAAUAACAGGAUUUGGGGAACCAAACAGCACCAGAACAGAGUCAGGGGCCAGUGAGAGGGUUUGCAACAGCACAAACAUCUCAGCACAAGAUGCUGGAGGGCAGAGAGUGAACAUGCUGUCCAUGACUGUGCUGGGUUUGAGAGUCCUGCUGGCAAAGAGCAUCGCCUUCAAUGCCCUCAUGAGCAUCAAGUUAUUUCUUUUCUGAGACGUGAGGAAUGAACCCAAAGAAGAGCAGGAAAGAACAUGAACCAGCAGCACAAGGGGGCUGAACAAGCAGGGCCAGAGCUGCUGACAGAGACCAGCCAGGACACAAGGCAGCACCUUCCCCUGAAGACAUGCAACACUCUGCACUCCUGCCUGGCCAGCUGAUUUACACUCAAGAGUUUUAAGUGCUUUUGCUGUUUCCUCUCCUCUGAACACUGAGGAGAGUGGAUCUAUCCUCAUUCUCCUGCUAAGUAGCUGCCAUUUGUAGCUUUGGAUUUAGAUAGAUUUAGUAAUAAAAAUGUGUAUUGCAGAUAAGAAGAGCUGUGUAGAAUCUGAAGUGAUUUCAUUCAACUAGAUAAUGUUCAUUUCUUGAUUAAGCCUGUAUUUCUUCUGCUAAAUGUAUUGCAUGUGCAUGUUAGGUUCCUGUAAUCGUGACAAAAAAAACUUGUGCGAGCACAAAA